UUUCAGUCCGUUGUGUGUCUCAUCAGUAGGAGUUAUUCGUCAGCUGUUCGGUUGUUCGCAAAAAAUAACCCGUAUGGAUUUUGUUUUAAAUAGAAGUUGUUAAAGAAAAAUUUUGCAUCAUGUCUGCGGCUCAGAGCCAGGUGAAGGACCCUCUAGCAUUACCAAUGCGGAAUUCUAUGUAUGUCUCAAAUUCGGACAAGACAUUUGCUCAUGAUGAAUUGUUGCCAAGCCUUCCAGUUCCAUCUUUAAAACAAACUUUAGAAAAAUACUUAGACUCAGUGAAAUCAUUUGCUUCUGAAGAAGAGCUUGAACAUACUAGAAGAGUUGUCAAUGAUUUUGAACAUGGUAUUGGAAAAGAGUUACAUGUUAAGUUAAUGGAAAGAUCUAAACACCACAGAAAUUGGCUAGAAAAAUGGUGGGAAGAUAUUGCUUACUUAUCUCAAAGAAGUUCAUUAUUACCACUUUGCAGUAUGGCUGGAUUUACAAAUACAGAUGGGCUAUGGAGUCCAGUUUCUGGUUCUCAACUUGAAAGAGCUGCUUUAUAUAUGCACUAUCAGUUACAAUUCUGGAAAUUGUUGAGAGAGGAGCGUUUAAAACCUCAUUCAUCACACAAUGUUCCAUGGUCCAUGCAUCAAUUUCAUCGAUAUUUUAAUACUGUUCGAGUUCCUGGAGAAAUUAUUGAUAAGCUGGAAUGCUUUUUUCACACAGAAUCUCAAGAGCCUUCAGCUCCUACACAUGUUGUAACUUUGCAUCGUGGACAUAUAUUUGCUUUUGAUGCAGUUGAUGAAUAUGGUGAUAUUUUAAUACCUCCUGAGUUAAAGCUUCAGUUUCAAAGGAUAAAAAGCUGGUGUGAAGAAAAUGGGCCUGGAUCAUCAGUUGGUGCCUUAACUACGGAUGACAGAACAACCUGGGCGAAGAAUAGAGAAUGGUUGUUGCAGAUAAAUCCAGAAAAUGAAAUGCAUAUGGAAACUAUUGAUACAGCAUUAUGUGUCAUUGUUUUAGAUGAUGAGGAACCCUACUCAUUAACCGAAAUUGUAAAAGAAACACUUGCUGGGGAUGUCAAUAAUCGUUGGGCAGAUAAAUCUGUUUCAAAUCUCAUGUUCAAGAAUGGUAUGUUUGGGCUGAUAUCAGAUCAUACCCCAUUUGAUGGUCUGGUACCUGUUGUUGGAGGCCACUUUGUCUAUUCUUCUCUGGUUGAAUGUGGUGGAGUAUGGAAAGGAACUCAAAAUGUUGAAAGGGACAUUUUGCCCCCAAGAAGACUUCAAUUUCACUUGGAUGACCACAUUGAGAAUGCUAUUCAAGAAGCUAAAAAUAUGUAUAAGAUGAUGGUUGAUGACACUGAUGUUUUUUGUCAAAGUUUUACCCAGUAUGGAAAAACAUUUUUGAAGCCUUACAAUUUUCAUCCAGAAACAUACGCUCAAUUCGCCCUUCAGUUAGCAUACUACACCAUGCAUGGAAAACCUGCUGCUACAUAUGUUACUGCUUCUACUCGCCAGUUCUAUCAUGGAAGGACAGAAACAAUGAGAUCAUGUUUUCCAGAAGUUGUGGAAUGGGUUAAAGCUAUGAUUGCUGAUACAGCUGCUCCCCAAGAGAAGCUGAUUUUGAUGCACAAAGCAGCUGACAAAUUCAAAUCUUUAAUGAAAGAUUGUACUGAAAAUCAUGGAUGUGAUCGUCAUUUACUAGGCCUAUAUAUGAUAUCAGUAGAAGAAGAAAUGCCAGUGCCUGAACUGUUUACAGAUCCAGCAUGGAUUAAAAGUGGUGGAAGCGGCAACUUUGUAUUAUCUACCAGUUGUUGUGGUUUUACUCCUCUUGGUGGCUGUGUAAUGCCUAUGAAGGAAGAUGGCUAUGGAACAUUUUACAAUAUUGAGAAUCAAAGGUUUACCUUCACAAUAUCUGCCUUUAACCGGUGUCCUGAAACUAGUGCAGCUAAGUUUUAUCAUCAUAUUGAACGAUCGUUAUUGAAUAUGCAGAAUUUGCUAAUGUCUGCAAAACUGUAACUUUUAUUCAUCACCCCUCAGUCCAGUAACAAUGCUAUUAAAAUUUUGAAUGUUGAAUGCAGCUUUUGGGAAAUGUCUUUUCCCUUCAUACUUAUACAGCUAUAUUUUAUUAUCAAUCUUUUAAAGCUUUAGGAUUUAUUACUGUAAACAAAGUUCUAAUAGUAGUGUUUUUUAAAAUUGUAUUUUCAUGGUAAUGUAACUGAUGUGAGUGUGCAGUGUGCACUCAUCAAUUUUCUUUUUAGAAUCUUUUUAAAAAAGAAGAGACAUAUUCCAAUUGAGCAAGACAUUUAUUAUUGAAAAUAUUUUUGCCCAAAUCCCUCUAACUCUGAAAGGCCUGAGGCAUGAAACCUUAUGCACACUUACGCACAAUUCAUGGGUUUGUUUCAUAUUUUACUUUCUUUAAGUCAUUUUGUGGCACUAUGUGCAAUCAAAAAUUCAUAUAUUUUUUUGUAAGUGAAAGGAGAUGUUUAUAGUGUAAUAAUUCUUGUUGCCAAGCGAUAAUGUCAGGCUUUGCCAGGUGAACCAAAAUUCCUUUUGUUUUUUUCCCCUUAUCCCCCAUUGUGAAAUUAGUAUUUACUUGUGAAAGGAAGUUCAAAUUUUUAAUUCAAAUGGUAUACUACCAGUGUAUUUAUUUAUUUUUGUCUCUGUCCUGUGCUAUAAAAAAAACUUUUGUAAUGAGACCUAACAUAUUUUGAAUUAACAAAAAAAUUCAUAACUCUUGAUUACUGAAAAGUUUGGUAUCUCUGGAAGUAGCUGGUCUUAUUUACUUGAGAAAAUCUAUAGUUGAGCGAAAACCUUAUCUGGCAGCAGCGUAAUGCUGCGAUAAGUAUUUGCGUAGCCUUCACCAUGCUACCACAUUAGGCUUUCCCCAGCUGUAGGUUCUACAGUAACUUAUUUUUUCUUCUGUUUUAUAAGCAACUAGCUGUGUUGCCUGGCUUUGCCUGGUCCGCCUUGAAACUAAAAAUUAUAUCAAGUGACGUAUAUUCAACAAUCAGGCUUAAAUAAAUAAAAAAAAUACAUCAUUCAAAAUUUCCCUUCCAAACAAUGAGGGCAGAUAUUAAAACACAUUUAAGAAAUCACAUCGAGAAAGAUGGAUUUAAAAAGCGUAGCCAUGGAAACACAAAAUAAAAUAAGUUUAAACAAUUAAAAUGCAAAAGAAAAUGGCUAAAUACCUUAAAUGGAAAUGAGAUUUUUUGAACUUGACUUAAAAAGGCUUCUAACUUUUUACCUUUUGAGAUUGAUGCUUAGUUUUGCAACCGUAGGUGGAGAUGUAUCUGUAGUAAAAAUUAUCGCUUUUCCAAUGGUGUCAAAAAGAAAACUGUGGGGGAACAGGAAAAAUUCCUUCACUUUUUAUUGAUAGAUUUAAUGAAGAAAGUAGUACCUAAAUUUCAGCUAAGCCUAAAAAAAUUCGAGCUAAAAACACAAAUAACUCCCAUCAUAAUUAAGUUAGAGCAUUGAAACAAAUUGCGUAGAACACAGAAAAUUCUACCAUUUCCAACGAUUUGUAAUAUUAAUAUGUGCAAGUAAUUUUUCACCCCAUAUUUGGGAAUUUAUGCGAAAAUUGAGCCUAAAUUGGAAUAAAAGAACUACUCAUCGAAUUUUUUUUCGAACCAGUCAACAAACCCUUCCGGUGCCAAAAAGAAGAUACUGUGAAAAUUUAAAAUCGGCUGGGUUAUUUUUGAGUUUUGCACGUUCACACACUCUUUUUGGAGACUUCAUUUUAUACUAUGUAGAGAUGUUACCAUAUGUAGAUAAAUACACACGCACCUUUAUACUUUUUGUAAAAAUUAUUUUUAUGAAAAUAGUUCUUAAUGUUAAAAAAAAAGGGGGAGGGGUGUAAUAUGUAUGAUUGAUUUAAUGAAACACAGAAUUGUUAUUCAUCUGAAAAAAAACUAUCAGAUCAAACACAUAAAGAUUCUAAAAGCCGGAAAUAAAGAAGCAUAAAAUUGCAUGAUUUAAAUUAUAAGAUGAUGUAAACGGAGAAAACAUCUAUUUAUAAAGUAUAAUUUACCCUUAAAACGUCAAGUUUGUACUUGAAAAAGUUACAUUAAGCAUGGAAGGAAAACUUGAUGUUUUCAAGUAAAAGAAAGGUUUAUUUUACAUAAAUUUAAGCGUCCUACGUCAUUUGUUCUCCUAAAUCUAGAAUACAUAUAUUGGUUGAUAUUUUGAAUAUUUUUUUUUCUCCUUUCAGAUUAAUAAUGUGUCACCUAAAGUUUUGGCGUCUUCUUAUUUAUUAUUAUUUUUAUGCAUAUUACUACGAUAAAAUAUUUUGUUAAAAUGAUAUUUAAAAACAGUAAUAAUAAUAAUCCUUAUUAAUCCUUCUGAUACCAUAUCUCUCUCUAGUGCAGUUUUACUAAAUGAAACGAUAUUAUUUCUUUAAAAAUGAUAGUAUUUACUGACAACAAUUGCUUUCUUG